AUGCUAUUGCUUAUGUUCCAGCUAUUGGUUUCCCUCCUUAACUCAAGUCUGUCCAGAUGAGGAGGCAUGAGGGCUACCAUCAUUUCUGCACUGGAAAAGGAAACUCUUUUCUUAAGAUAUUCAUACAAUGACAUCAAUGUGGAUGCAGUGCCAGAAUAUCGCAUAUUGCAAGCAUAUUUGAAUGGAAUCUUGGAGAAACAGGAAUUGCAGCCUGAAUUGCAGCCAGCGCGUGAGCGUGCGUCCCACUUGGAGGCAAAGCUGUUGACAUUGACUGACAAAGCAGAGCAUGCGGUGGAGCAGAAUACACCAAUUUAUUACAGAAGGUUUGCCCCAAAGUUGGAAGAUGGCGGUGAAUCUUGCUUUGUCCCAGGUUACUGCCUAGAUAUUAUGACCAAGUUUGGCUGCUCAGGUUAUUCGUUGUCACACCAACUUUUCUAUUUCAUGUUUGCAGAUAUGAAAGAAUGCAUGAAUCCUUUGUUCUUAGCUGCGAAACAUUACAAGAAUGUAUUCUGUGCUUCCAUGAAGCAAAUCAAUAUUGACAUCAAAAAACAAGAUCUCUUGCAUAUCUUUGGAGACCUCUUUGUGGAAAACAGUCGCCCUCCAAUCCUGGGCGGGCCUGUCCCUUCCCCUGCCCUGCCGCCUCUGGCCGCCAUCCUGGCCAGCCGAGUGCGCCGGUGCUGGGUGGCCCGGCGCGGCCUCACCUCACCAGCCGUGUCCUUGUCCCUCGCCCGGGCCUCGCUGCUGCGGCCGGGCCGCCGGCAGCGUCCACUGCCAUUUCCCGGUGCGGCUGGUGUGCCCGCUCGGGGCCUCCAUCCGCGGCGUGGCUGCGGGCGGUGGAGCCGCGGAGGCGCAGCUGCUGGGCCCCGCGGCCGCUGGUGGACGUCUGCCCCCAGCCCCCACCUCCAGAAGGAGGCCCUGAGUCGUGAAGGGAUUACCAGCAAUGGAAAAACAUUUGCCAAGUGA